AUGUAUCCCAACUCGAGCGUCACCGUCUCUCAGGAUUACCUCUUCAAUCUCUUCGGUUACGCUGCGGCUCAUCCUGACAAGAUCAUCUUGAAAGAGAUGGAUGAAGUGCAGACGAUAAAGUCAGAGAUCUUCAUUCCAGCUAUGAGUAGACGAGAUGGGGAAGGUCGAUUAGUAGAGAAUGUCCUCUUCGCUGGGUAUCGAGUCGCGUUCGGGAACCAAGAGAUGAUCAUUUACACAGCUUCGCCUGUGGCCAGGAAACUGUUGCACGACGUGUCAGUUUACGCCAGUACAUUCUCCGAGGCCGUCCUAGUCUUCGAUCAGGGCUUCUGGAGACCGGACCAUAAUCUUUGGAUGGAAGUUCAGAAGGCUUCUUGGGGCGAAGUCAUCCUCGACGAAGGCUUCAAACAUCGCAUUCAAGCUGAUUACCGGUCAUUCUUCAAGAGUGAAAAAACCUACAAGGACCUCGCUGUACCUUGGAAACGAGGACUCAUCCUCAUCGGUCCCCCCGGCAAUGGCAAGACGGUCAGUGUCAAAGCCAUCAUGAAAGAUGUCAAGGUUCCUGCGCUCUACGUCAAGAGUCUGCAUAGACUAUGUGCUGACCAUUUGCUUUCAGCAAUCCGGGCGAUGUUUGAGCGGGCUCGUCGAGAGGCGCCUUGCGUCCUGAUCAUGGAGGAUUUGGAUUCACUUAUCAACGAUAUGAACCGAUCGUUCUUCUUGAACGAGGUUGAUGGGUUGGAGGACAAUGACGGUCUAUUGAUGAUCGCCACGACCAACCACUUUGACAGGCUUGACCCCGCGCUUUCUAACCGUCCCUCGAGGUUUGACCGAAAAUACACGUUCCAAGAUCCCAGCGAAUCCGAGCGAAGGCAAUACGCUGUCUGGUGGCAGAACAAGCUCAAAGACAACAAGGAUAUCAUAUUCCCAGAUUCUCUUCUGGACAAAGUGGCCCGCGAGACUGAAAAGUUUUCUUUCGCAUACAUGAAGGAGGCAUUGUGA